GUGUACAACACAACUCGGAACCUGACCCAAGGCCCCUCUUUCUCUCCUUCUCGGGCACACUGUUAUACCAACAGCGGCGCGAGAGUAUCGUCGUCACCUCCCCAAUCAACCAACUGUCUCGCUUAUUAUUAUCAUCAUCUUUUUUUUACUUCCUGCUUCCCCUUUCUCCUUUAUCUCUCCCCUUCCGUGAGUCUUUGUUUCCGUAGUGCUUUGUCGAUUAUGCCGUUGUUGCUCAAGCAGUUGCAGAGAUGCGGUGGGAUACGGCAUCGUCGCUGCUUCUUCUUCUUCGGGCAGGCGAAUGACAGCAGACUCCUGAAGGGACCAACUCUUCUUCGUUCUGUCUCAAGCAAUGCAGCAGGAUCAGACAGCCAGACGAGUUACGAAUCCGUGGACACACUCAUCAUCGGUGGAGGGAUUGCUGGGACAAGCAUCGCUUAUCACCUGGCUAGACAGAGCCAGUCCAAAGUACUCCUCCUCGAAAAGACAGACCUGACAGCUGGCUCAACAUGGCACGCAGCUGGUCUCACCACAAAUUUCCAAGGUGUCGUCAAUCUGAAGAAGGUUCAUUACUACAGUCUGCACAUGUAUGCCCACAUCGAACAAGAGACAGGCCAAGCUGUGGGACUCCAUCUGCCUGGUUCAGUGCGUCUUGCAACUUCGCCAAAGAGAGUGGACGAAAUGAAGUAUCAGAUGAGUCGACACGGCCACCAUGAAGCCCCCCAGUGCCUUAUUACUCCUGAACAAGUCAAGGAACUUGUUCCCCCCAUCAAUGUGGACAAAGUUCUCAUGGGUCUAUAUACACCUUUUGAUGGCCAUGUGGACCCUUACUCUCUCACACAAGCCAUUGCCAAAGGAGCUCGCCAAUACGGAGCUCAAAUUCUUCAAAACACUGGAGUCACUUCGCUGACAUUGAGGGAAGAUGGAAAAUGGGUCGUGGGAACACCAAAAGGAGACAUUAUAGCAGAAAGAGUUGUCAAUGCUGCAGGUUUUUGGGCAAAGGAGGUGGCCCAUCUAGCUGGCUACGACCUUCCACUAGUGCCAAAUCAUCACCAGUACCUCGUGACCUCGACUGUCCCUGAGGUGAAGGCUUUGAAGAGAGAGUUUCCAGUGCUAAGGCACUUGGAUGGCUCAUUCUAUCUUCGCCAAGAACGGGAUGGGCUUCUCAUAGGUCCUUACGAGUCCAAGGAAACUAUGAAACAGUGUGAAGAGUGGGUCAGAGAUCGUGUGCCUCCAGGUUUUGGGAAGGAGUUAUUCGAACCAGACCUGGAGCGUCUGGAACCACACUUGGAAAUUGCCAUGGAUUUGAUGCCCUGUUUCGCAGAGGCCAAUAUCCAGAGUGUAGUGAAUGGACCCAUCACCUAUACACCUGAUCUUCUUCCCCUUUUGGGACCUGACCUCUUGCCCAACAUGUGGCUGGCUGCUGGAUUUGGAUAUGGUAUUGUUCACGGUGGAGGAAUAGGCAAAUACAUUGCAGACUGGAUCCUCAACGGGCAACCGCCUUUUGAGCUGAACGAAUGUGAUGCCAGCCGACUCGGCAAGUGGGUCACCAUGGACUAUGCUUUAGCCAAGACUAGAGAAUGCUAUGGCAUGAACAAUGCAGUAAGCUACCCACACGAGGAGCGAUUUGCAGGUCGGCCAACGAGCAGAAUAUCAGGGGCCCACGAAAUUUUGGAAAGUAGAGGAGCCCGGAUGCACUUCCACAGUGGCUGGGAGCAACCAGCUUGGUUUGCUGGUCCAGGAGAAACUCCUGAAUAUGUACCAAGCUUCAGGAGAACCAACUGGCAUGACAAUGUCGGAAAAGAAGUUGACCUGGUGAUGACCUCCGCUGGCAUAAUUGACUUGACCCCAUUUGCGAAAUUUGUCGUGCAGGGUCCCCAGGCAGCUGCCUUUUUGGAUUAUGUCACGGCUAACAGUGUUCCUCGUCUGAAUCGAACAGUCAUCACACAUGUUCUCUCUCCAUCUGGUCACGUCUUUGCAGAAUUAACAGUGACCAGAACACAAGAAGAUUCAUUCCUUAUAAUCACAGGUUCUGGGUCUGAGUUCCAUGAUCUGAGAUGGCUACAGGAAUACGCUCGACGUGGUGACUGGAAAGUGAGUUUUGCCAACGUUACUGAUGAUCAAGGUUGUCUCAGCAUAGCUGGUCCUAAAUCAAAGGAAAUUUUAGGCACCCUUGCCCCGGAAUUCCAGGGAAAAUAUCCUUUCUUUUCGUCGAAGGAGGUUACUGUAGCUGGUGUUAAGUGUACGGCCUUGAGACUUUCUUAUACAGGAGAGCUUGGUUGGGAACUUUACCAUCCACGUCACCAAUCAGGCAAAUUAUACAGUGCUCUCCUCCAAGCAGGUGAAAAAUAUGGUGCUGGAGACUUUGGAACUUUCGCCAUGAAUGUGAUGCGAAUCGAAAAAGGCUUCAGGAUGUGGGGAGCUGAAAUGAACAUGGACACUACGAUUAUAGAUGCUGGGCUCAUGAGCUUUGUCAAUAUGAAGAAGGGAGAUUUCGUAGGUCGAUCGUCGCUUGUGGAACUUCUGAAAUCCAGACCAAAGAAACAUCUGGUGCAGAUGGUUAUAGAAGCAGAUGACCAUGACCCUCAUGGAGAUGAAACUGUGUGGUGUUGCGGUAAAGUUAUUGGUAACACGACCAGUGGAUGCUUCUCUUAUCACCUAGGCAAACCUCUUGCCUUUGCUUACGUACCACCAUUGAUGGCUCUUCCUGGAAGCAAAGUCCAGGUGGAACUACUUGGAAACCUUCACGAUGCCACAGUUCUGCCCGGACCUCCUGUGCCAACGCAUACUGAAAAAGCCAAGAUGAAGAAGUGAUGAAGAGGAAGUCACUUUGAACAUAUUGAUGGAAAUGUGUUGUGGUAUUCAGGGAUGCAGAUAAAAAAUGUAAAAAAAGCUCAAAUCUAAUAGGUUAAGAGUUGAAGGAUUUUAUAUGUUUUUUAUACUUUUGUACAUUUUGUUUUUGUUGUUCGGGCAGGCAAGCGAGCGAAACCUAUCAUAUUGUACUGUUUACAGAGCAGAGGUUUUUUACAGGUAAAGUCAAGUACCACAUCUUAAUCAAAGUCUCCAUUAGAAUGUUUUGUUUGUAUGCUUAAGGCAGAAUUAGUCUUAUCAGUAAUUUAUAAGGAAAAAAUCAGAAAUUGUGAACUGCUUAAUACUUUGGUCUAGACUUUACCUGCUUAAGUAAUUGUUUUUUAUGAUUAAGGAAAUGUAGCACGAAACCAGUAUCAACUGUAAAAUCUGAAAGCAAUGGAACUCAUUUAGUAAGUAGAAGGAAUGUUGGUAUCAAACUUUUUUUGGUGAGGAAAAUUUUUAAUACAAACUCAAGAUGGACUUGAUGCCCUAGCUUUGAAGGUUGAGGGUGGAAAACUGACGAUACUCUGAAAGUGAUUUUAUCAUGUACAAAACUGAAGAAUAAUGUGCAUAAUAGUAAUUGUAGUUUGAUGUUAAUUAGACAGUUAGUUGAAGAGAUACCUACCACAGAUUAAGUGCAUGUACAGGGGCACUUGGUUAACUGGCUGUAUCAUUGUAGAUCAUAAUAUUGUAAUUUUUUAAGCAUUAAUUCUGAUGGUCACACCGUGUUUAUACACCAUCAGAAGUUAUACCUGACUACUGUUUCAGUAUCUGACACCACACUUUCUGAUCUCACACCUGUAAUCAUAUUUUUCUUUGGUAUUUUCUGGUGAUCAUAUGUCACAGUACUGGUAUGAUAAGCCCACAUUUAGCAACUCUUGGUUAUUUUAGCACCCCUUGGUCUGUGACCAACAAAAGUGACUUUGACCAGUCAUUGUUUUCUUGUUUAGUUGCUUUUGAUUCUGUAGUCAUUGAUUUUUAUCUGAUUGCCCCAUGCAGUAUAGUCAAUGGAAACAAUAAUUUAAAUCAUAAUUUAUUUACUGGUAUGAAUACCAAACGAGACUCAAAAUUAUGAUAAUGAGUUCGAUCAGUAUUUAGCUCCUAAUCCCUGUGCAAUUACAUUCAACUACAUUAUUACUUUCUUAGCAUUGAACUGCAGUUCAUUAAUGGUAGACUCAGCAGCAAAAAAAUGUGUGCUAUGUGUAUAAUGUAAAGCUAUGGUUUGUAUGCAAGUUAUAGCAUCUGAAUUUCUUGUGGUGUAUGAUGCUUCUAAUGUCUUGUGAGGGCUUGGGUAUGAUGAAACUAGUGAUUAGAGUUUUGAGAGAGAGAAGGGUAAAAGUGAGAAAAUCUGCAGCUCAAGUAGAAGUAAACAUUAACAUUUAUGUAACCUUAUGUUUGAUCUUUUUUAUUAUGAAAUAUACCAUUAAAAAAAAACUAGAUUGUGAUUGUGGAGAGAAGGUGAUUAAGAGGCAGCGUCUGAGUACUUUAUAAUUUAAUGUCAUAUUUCUGACAAGACAUGGUAGCAUCUAACAUCAGAGCAAGACAGGCAUAAUUUUACAGACAGGUGUGUUUUUUCACACCGGGAAAACGGUUAAUAAUUCUUUGUACACAAGAGGGAAAGGUCUCCAUUACAUAUGGGUUUAAAAGCUUGAAGUGUUUUACAUUCACAGAUAGUUUUGGUUUUACAAAUGAAAUAUAGAUGAAAAGUACUGCUGCGUUUCUCUGCCUUUGAUUUGUGUUUUCUGGGGAAACUAUUGGCUGUGUUAGGUUAAGGUUGUUGUUUUGGAGGUGGAUGCCUGGAGGGCCCAAGCUGGGCCCUACAUGAUUAGUUUUUACGUGUUGUUAACAACAACAAAGGUUGUGUGUAUCUUGUUAAUUAUGUAAUGAAUAUUCUCUGGCCUCUAUUUUGAGAGGACUGGGGUAGCUAGCAUAAAGGUGUAAAGUUAUAUCAUGUACAUGUUUUUAAGUAACAAUUGUAGGUUAUCAGAAAUGGUUCUACUAAAUAAAAUGUGUUUUAUUAU